AUGCAGUCUAUCGGUGCAUCAAAGUUGUCUCUUUCAUCUUUGUCAUCUCAAGAACUAUGGGAGAAAACUGGCCGCUUGAAAAGCGGCUCCGAGGUUUUCACAUUUAAUGAUAGGAAAGAGUCUCGUUUCCUACUUGCCCCUACGCAUGAAGAAGAGAUCACCUCAUUAGUUGCAAACCUAGUGACUUCAUACAAGGAGUUGCCGCUGAGGGUGUAUCAGAUCUCAAGGAAAUAUCGAGACGAAGCAAGACCACGACAGGGGCUUCUGCGUGGCCGAGAAUUCCUAAUGAAAGAUCUUUAUACAUUUGAUUACAACACAGAAAAAGCAUUGGAGACAUACGAAGCAGUGCGGGAAGCUUAUAAACGCAUAUUCGACACGUUGAAAAUCCCAUACCUAGUCGCGGCUGCUGAUUCAGGGAAUAUGGGCGGUAAUCUGAGCCAUGAAUUCCAUUUUAUCAGCGGCAAAGGAGAAGACACACUGAUCAGCUGCUCUGAAUGUGGUUACGUAUAUAACGAGGAAGUAUCGGAUGGCCAUGCAGUUGGCCCUAUUGUUGAAGAGCCAUUAGCUAUUCCUACACCUUCUGAGACUGGUGUUGGGACCGAAAAUCCGCCGGCCAUAUCGACAGCAUUGUGGACCGCUAUUUCCAAAGACAAGAAAACUUUGGUGAGAGCCUGGUAUCCAAGAUAUUCAUCUCAGGACCUCGGAGAUGAACCCGGUGAAAGAGAGAUCAAUUCUCACGCCAUCAAGGCGAUUGCCAAAUCGACAGGUGUCGAUCUUGACACCGGUGUAGAGAACCCUGUUGCGCUAUGGCUAAGCGACAUUGAGAAACUAUCAGCUACCAAUUCAUCAAUCGAACCGACGCAUAAAGUUCUCGAUAUCUACGAUUCGCAGAUCGUCCCUUACAGCCGUCCUCCUCUCAGCGGACUGCCCCAAGGAUUCAACACAGCUGAACAACCAAUUCAGUUCGCUCUACUAAAUCGUUUCCCUGGCACGCAAGAUGGGUUAAGUCUGACUAGGGUACUCGACGGUGAAAAGUGCCCCAAGUGUAGCCAUGGUAGUCUGCAGACACACAAUGCCGUGGAGCUUGGCCACACGUUCUACCUGGGAACACGCUACACAGAGGUGCUGAAAGCCAAGGUUUUUGUGGACAACUCAGUAACAAAGCCAGGCGAACCCACACACAACAGAAAGCCUCAAGCUGUGCCAAUGGAAAUGGGCUGUCAUGGAAUCGGUGUCUCCCGCAUGAUAUCGGCAGUGGCAGAUGUGCGUGCCGAUAUUCGCGGCCUCAACUGGCCAAGGGCAAUUGCGCCUUUUGAAAUCAUCGUCAUACCGGCCAGAAACCUCGAUGCCGAGGCUGAGAAUGUAUACGAUUUGCUGAGAAAACACACAGAUACUAGCGAUGUCAUCCUAGACGAUCGCGCCAAGCAGGUGGGCUGGAAACUCAAGGAUGCCGAUUUGAUUGGUUACCCAGUUGUGGUUCUCGUUGGGAAGGCGUGGAAGUCAGCGCAAAAGCUUGAGGUCCAUUGUCGACAACUGGGCGGUCUUCAGGAUGAUGUCCAUAUCGAUAACGUGGUUGAAUACGUCCAGUCACUAUUACAGAGACUAUAA